AUGCGGUUUGGAAGGAGCAGCGUCGGUCCUGGAGAGUCCGACCCCAGCGUCCAGAGGAUGGACAGCAGCAGGGUUAACCAGAGGCCCCUGGCUGCACUGAACACAAACAGCUCCAACAAUAAUGAUGGGAAAAAGGAAGAAAAGAAGGAUGAUAAAAAAGACGACAAGAAAGAUGAUAAAAAAGACGAGAAGAAAGACGAUAAAAAAGACGACAAGAAAGACGAUAAAAAAGACAAGAAAGACGAUAAAAAAGACGACAAGAAAGAUGCAAAGAAAGAUGACAAGAAAGAUGAGAAAAAAGAGCCACCGAAGGAGGUGUGGAUCAUGGAUCCUGCUACGGAUACCUACUACUACUGGCUAUGCACAGUUUCCGUUCCCGUCUUCUACAACCUCAUGUUUCUUGUUGCCAGAUCGUGCUUUAAUGAGCUACAGUACAGUAAUUCAACACUGUGGAUGGUUCUAGACUACAUGUCGGACGUCAUCUACUACAUGGACACCUAUGUGAGAGCCAGGACAGGUUUCCUGGAGCAAGGACUGCUUGUGAAGGAUGAAAAGCUCCUUAAAGAAAAGUACAUGAAGACGCGGCAGUUCAAGUUAGACCUCAUCUCUAUCAUUCCUACUGACUUUGUGUUCCUUCAAAUCGGGGUGGACAACCCGGAGUGGAGGUUCAACCGUCUCUUCAGGCUAGCUCGACUCUUUGAGUUCUUCGACCGAACUGAAACUCGAACCAAUUUUCCGAACAUCUUCCGCAUUGCAAAUCUUGUACUUUACAUCAUCAUCAUCAUACACUGGAACGCUUGUCUUUACUUUGCCGUCUCCAAGGUACUCGGCUUCGGCUCUGACACCUGGGUAUAUCCAGACUUGAGCAAUCCGGUGUACGCUCGUCUGAGCAGACAGUACAUCUACUGUUUCUACUGGUCCACCCUCACCUUGACAACUAUCGGUGAGACUCCGCCUCCAGUCCGAGACAUAGAGUACUUUUUUGUUGUAGCUGACUUUCUCACCGGGGUUCUGAUCUUUGCAACGAUCGUAGGCAACGUGGGUGCAAUGAUUUCAAACAUGAAUGCUGCGCGAGUAGAGUUUCAGGCCAAGAUUGAUUCAAUCAAGCAGUACAUGCAGUUUCGGAAGGUCACAAAAGACCUGGAGGCUAGGGUGGUGAAGUGGUUUGACUACCUUUGGACAGAGGGGAAGUCCUGCGACGAGAAGCUGGUACUCAAGAACCUCCCUGACAAACUAAAGGCGGAGAUAGCUAUCAACGUCCACCUGGAGACGCUAAGAAAAGUGCGCAUCUUUCAAGACUGUGAGGCCGGUUUGCUUGUGGAGUUAGUUCUGAAGCUGCAACCUCAGGUCUUUAGUCCCGGUGACUACAUCUGCAAAAAGGGGGACAUAGGUAGAGAAAUGUACAUAAUAAAAGAAGGAAAGUUAGCUGUCGUGGCAGACGAUGGGGUGACGCAGUUUGUUGUCCUCAGCGAUGGGGCGUAUUUUGGAGAAAUCAGUAUCCUUGGGAUAAAAGGCAGCAAAGCAGGCAACCGGAGAACCGCCAACAUCCGAAGCGUUGGCUACUCGGAUCUGUUUGCGUUAUCAAAAGACGAUCUGAUGGAGGCCCUCACGGAAUACCCCGAUGCUAAAUAUGCUCUGGAAGACAAGGGAAGGGCCAUUCUGAUGAAAGACAAUCUCAUAGAUGAGUCCUUGGUAGCUGCUGUUGACGCCAAAGAUUUGGACGAUAAAGUCAGCGUAAUUGAAAACAGCGUGGAGGUCAUGACGACAAAACUGCAAAAGCUUAGAAAUCAAUAUGAGUCCUCUCAACGCAAACUCACGCAGCGGCUCACUAACUUAUCAAACCAGGUCAGAACCCUUCGAGUUGAUGAGUGACACACUCGCCAAGGACCACUAAUGCCCCGAGGUAGCAAAGAAUCUUCAUCUCUGGGACCGUAGAGUUUCAAUACUCCACACAUGGAACAGUUGGACAGUGUCUCUAAUCAUACUCCCAUAUAGGAUCAAAUAAAA